AUGAGAAGACAACAAACAAGAUUUGAACGGUUGAUGAUAAUUCGUCAAAUGAAUACUGAAAAUGUCAUUAAUAUUCUACGAUCUAAAAAUUUAUUGCUUUCUUAUUUAGAAUGUGAAGCAUGUAUGCUGCCAAUGGUUGAAAGAUCUAGAAAAGUUUUAGAUGGGGUUUGUUGGGUUUGUACAAAUGCUAAUUGCUAUAAAUUUAGAACCACAAAAAGUAUACGGACAAACUCUUUCUUUGAUAAAUUUAGGAUUUCUUUAUCAGAUAUUUUUUCUGUUGUAAUAGACGAAGUGCAUAAAAAGCCGUCUGAAAUUUUUUGUUUUUAUUGUUUGGGGAGAUGCGUCUGGACAUGGAGUAAUAAAAAUGUUAUUGGAUGCGCAAAGAAAAAGUGCAGAAGAAAGGCUCUUCUCUUUAGAAAACCCCCGUUUUAUGAUGCAAAAUAA